CACCACUGCCCUAAACUUGUCUUUGGGAUUUUCUUUAAGAGACGUUCAGGUUGGCUCAGCUCGAUUUAUUUUCACGGUAUUUCCAAUAGAAAUCCAAAUCUGGUGAAAAUUAUAUUGGUUUCGGAUCUUCCUUUGAGCAAGGUUUAAUCAGGGAACGUAAUUUUUUUCUUGUUCGGAUCGCAACUUUUUUGUACCUAGCUUCUGUUAACAUCUACCUCUAAGGGUAACGCCUCCUCCUAAACGCCUCAUUGUUUCAAAGUACAACCAGCGGCAGGUUAGCUAACAGUUUAUGUGAGAGUUCACUGGGACAGAGGACAUUUUACUGGCAAGUUGAAACAAGAGUUUGGUUUGCACACGCCAGUCUACUUUCUGUUUCAUUGAGCGAUAACAAUCCUCUAAAGGGCCUUUCAUCAAGUAUAAAAACAAAAUGAGCCGAAAAGGGGAAACGACCGAGGAAACGUCCAGAGCACCGGUUGCCUCUAGAGCUAAUGAGGCAGAGAGGAUGAAGACUAUUUACAUCGUGUACCUUAUCUGCGCGUUGGACAUCACAUGGAUGUUUUUACAGUUCUCUAUCACCCCUUAUUUGGCAAAGAAACUUGGCUUUGACACUUUGUGGUUUGGUUAUUUGCAAACCAUGGUAGGUGUGGUUCAGCUGCUUGGGGGCCCAAUAUUUGGAAGGUUUGGAGAUCUUUUUGGGGCACGAGCAGCUUUAUCUCUGGCCUGUGGUGCAAAUAUUGUUUUCUUCCUGCUGCUGGCCAUCGCAGACAGUCCUGCUAUGCUGUUCAUACACAAACUCCCUACUAUCUUUAUGCAUGUCCUACCUGCGUCUCAGAUGGUGGUGACAGAUCUUACAGAGCCUGAGAAACGGGCUGGCGCUUUAUCCAAAAUAGGCCUCUGUUUUGGCAUCGGUAUCAUAGUCGGCUCCACGUUAGGCGGACAGCUAAGUAAAAACUUUGGUGAAACGUUUGCUGCAUAUUUUGGGGUUGCAGGAAGUACCUUAAGUUUUCUGUUGGUUUUAAAGUUUAUACCAAAAACGACAAAAGAUGGAGCUUCAAAAAGCAACACUCAAGGUGAAAAUGAAAAGAAGUCAGUAUUCAACAUAGGAGAGAUCAUAAGGCUGAUGAAGUUUCCAAGAGUGAUGCCGACUUUUUUUAUCAAGAUUGUCGCAGGUUUGCCAUCAGGCAUUUUUCAGGUGAUGUUCUCAAUCAUUGCUUUGGAGUUCUUCAAGCUGGAACCUGAGCAAAAUGGUUACCUGAUGGCCUACUUUGGCAUCAUCUCGAUGAUUGUUCAGGGAGGAGUGAUCGGUCGCCUCACAGCCAGAUACUCUGAGAACUCGCUGCUGCUGCUUUCCAUCGGACUCUCCUCUUUGGUGGGACUGGCUCAGGCUUACAUGCAGAACGUGUUCCAGUUCUGUCUCUCCGUCGUCCCCAUGGUGCUUUCUCUCAGUGUGUUUAAUGUGAUCACAGACAGCAUACUCACCAAGAGCGUCCCGUCGUCCGACACAGGCACGAUGCUGGGACUCUGCGCAUCUGUUCAGUCUCUGAUUCGUACAGUCGGACCCACCGUCGGCGGCUUCCUGUAUGUGAAGUACGGCGUUUCCUCGAUAGGUUUGAUCCAGUUCUUUGUGAACGUUGCCGUGUUUGUUUACCUUCUGCAGCGACGCCUCAACAAGCCGGACGAGCGGAAGGAAUGAAACCUCUUUGUCUUGGAGUGUAUUUUAGUCCAGAAAAAGGAAGAGGAGAUGAAACUGAACUGUGUCAGUAGUAGUAUAUUUUAUAAUGAGAUCAGCUGGAAUCAUUCUUUAAUUUUAUGCACUGUUGGUGCAGUUUGUGCAGGAAACCACUAGAGGGCAGCAAAUCCUCUAUUUUACCUGGAGACACUUUUCACUUCAGACUAUGUGGUAUAAACUCAUUUGCCAGAUCUUUAGGCACACUAGGCAAGACUGAAUGCAUUCUGAUAUAUCAGUCCUGCACUAAAUCUCUAAUGUUCAGUUUAUGUUGAAAAGGUGUCAGAAAGGUGGUAAUUGGUCUGGAUGAUCAUUUUGGAGGGCGUGGUUUGUGGUGCUAUGAAACUGGAUUGAAUUAAAAGUGUUUCUGUUAUGUAGCCUAGCCUGUUGAAUAAAAUAGGCUUGCCAAAAUAAUAGAAACGUGACCUUGCAACAAAAUAAAAUUUAAUAAUGCUACAAAUUAAUACAAAUACAGAAUGAAAACACAUUUGAAACAGCAGCUCUCAUGGUCAUUUUAUCCAAAUAAAACACUUAUUAUAUUAGAAUACAUUCAUUCUCAGUAGUGUACCUAAUGAACUGGCCACUGACUGUGCAUCAGUUUACUUCUAUACAUUUUAUAUUAACUAUUUUUAUUAAAGAGUUUAAAUACCAGGCCAGUGGUUUUUAAUAUGAAAUGAACAUAUUCCUCAUGUUUUAUUAAGAAUCAUUUUAUUUUUAUAUGUAUGAAUAAUAAAGAUAAUUUAAAGAAGCAAUACAUUCAAUGCUUGCACUGCUAAGUGGACCAUUUCUCUUCUAAAUGCUUUAUUUUUUCAGGAACAUGACGUAAUUGUACCCGCAUUAAUUACUGUCAGAAAUCAUGUGCUGCAACUUUCUUCACUAUCAUCUGUCAUUGUCAUGUAUGUUACGCAUUUUCUCAAUACUGUAAUAAACCACAAUGAGCUGCAGAUCAGUUGAGUUGUUACCAUUUCACCGAAAAAAAAAAUAUAUUCAUCUUAGUCAUGCUUCUCAUGACCUGACACUCACCUUCCAAUUUUACAAGAUGGCUUCCUCCACUGUAUGCUCACAAGGAAUUUGUCCUUUUGUGUAUGUGUUGUGUUUGAUGUGAUAGUAAUCAUUUCGCCUCCUUUAUUCUUUAUCUGCAUUCGAUAACUUUCUUUGCUUUUGUUCAUUUUGUUCAGUUGCAGCAGCGUACCGGCUAAAGUUUGUACACUGUUGUCCUUAUUAAAGUGUCCCUUCAUCCUACA